AUGGCGGCUCUCGUCCCUCCGACGGCCCCGACGCCGGACUCCGCGCCCACCGUGACAAAGCCGGAGAAAGUCGACUACUUGAAUUUGCCCUGUCCUAUUCCCUACGAAGAAAUUCACCGUGAAGCCCUCAUGUCUUUAAAACCAGAACUGUUUGAGGGGAUGCGUUUUGAUUUUACUAAAGGACUAAACCAGAGAUUCUCUCUUAGUCACAGCGUGUUCAUGGGGCUUACUGAAAUUCCUUCUCAGUCUGCCGAAACCAUCAAGAUCCCAACUGCUCACUAUGAAUUUGGUGCGAACUUCAUAGACCCCAAGCUGAUGCUUUUUGGUAGAAUAUUAACUGAUGGGAGACUGAAUGCAAGAGUCAAGUGUGACUUAUCUGAAAAUCUUGCUCUGAAAGCCAAUGCUCAACUUACUAAUGAGCCGCAUAUGUCGCAUGGCAUGGUCAAUUUUGACUACAAGGGCAAAGACUAUAGGACACAAUUGCAACUAGGAAAUGGUGCCUUAUUUGGAGUUAGUUACAUACAGAGUGUGACUCCAAAUUUAUCUUUGGGUGGUGAAGUGUUCUGGGCUGGUCAGCAUCGAAAAUCUGGUAUUGGUUAUGCUGCUCGAUAUAACACAGAUAAAAUGGUUGCUACAGGCCAAGCUGCUAGCACUGGGAUGGUUGCCCUGAGUUAUGUUCAAAAAGUAUCUGAAAAGGUUUCUUUGGCAUCAGAUUUCAUGUAUAACUACAUGUCAAAAGAUGUCACAGCAAGCUUUGGUUAUGAUUAUAUUCUCCGACAGGUGCCUUAA